AUGCCCGAUGCCGCCGCUCACCUGCCCUUUUACUACGGCAGCAUCGCCAGGUCGGAGGCCGAGGAGCACCUGAAGCUGGCCGGGAUGUCGGACGGGCUGUUCCUGCUGCGGCAGUGCCUGCGCAGCCUGGGCGGUUACGUGCUCUCCGUGGUCAGCAACCUGCAGUUCUACCACUACGCCAUCGAGCGCCAGAUGAACGGCACGUACGCCAUCGCGGGCGGCAGAGCCCACUGCGGGCCCGAGGAGCUCUGCGAGUUCUACUCCAAAGACGCCGACGGGCUGUGCUGCCCCCUCCGCAAACCCUGCAACCGCCCCAGCGGCCUCGAGCCCCAGCCCGGCGUCUUUGACAGCCUGAGGGACAACAUGGUGCGGGAGUACGUCCGGCAGACCUGGAAGCUGGAGGGGGAUGCACUUGAACAGGCCAUCAUCAGCCAGGCUCCACAGGUGGAGAAGCUCAUUGCCACCACAGCCCAUGAGAGGAUGCCCUGGUACCACGGCAGCAUCCCCAGGGAUGAAGCUGAGAGGAGGCUCUACUCAGGGGCACAACCUGAUGGCAAGUUCCUGCUGAGAGAAAGGAAGGACAAUGGUGCCUAUGCCCUCUCCCUCGUCUAUGGCAAAACAGUGUAUCACUACCGGAUAGACCAGGACAAGUCUGGGAAGUAUUCCAUCCCUGAAGGGACCAAGUUUGACACACUCUGGCAGUUGGUGGAGUACCUGAAACUCAAACCAGAUGGGCUGAUCUUCUACCUGAGGGAAACCUGCCCCAACCCCAACAUGCCAGCAUCUGCAGCACCAGUUCCACCCACCCACCCCUCUGUGAGCACAGAGCCCUCAAGACACCUGGGGCCUCUCAAUGCAGAUGGAUACACACCAGAGCCUGUGGCUCUAAAGGACUCUGUCUCUUGGAAAGGUGCUGGGAAGUCUCGCCUGCUGCCCAUGGACACCAGUGUCUAUGAGAGUCCCUACAGUGACCCUGAAGAGCUGAAGGAUAAGAAACUCUUCCUAAAGAGGGACCACCUGAUGAUUGAUGAAGUGGAACUGGGGGCAGGAAACUUUGGCUGUGUCAAGAAAGGAGUCUACAAAAUGAGAAAGAAGCAGAUUGAUGUGGCCAUAAAGGUGCUGAAGAGCAACAAUGAGAAAACAGUGAAGGAUGAAAUGAUGAAGGAAGCCCAGAUCAUGCACCAGCUGGACAACCCCUACAUUGUCCGUAUGAUCGGGGUCUGUGAGGCAGAGUCCUUGAUGCUGGUGAUGGAGAUGGCUUCUGGAGGGCCACUCAACAAGUUCUUGGCUUCCAAGAAAGAUGAGAUCACAGUCAGCAAUAUUGUGGAGCUGAUGCACCAAGUGUCCAUGGGGAUGAAGUACCUGGAGGAGAAAAACUUUGUGCACAGGGACCUGGCAGCCAGAAAUGUCCUGCUGGUCAACCAGCACUAUGCCAAGAUCAGUGACUUUGGACUCUCCAAGGCUCUUGGUGCUGAUGACAGCUAUUACAAGGCCAGGACAGCAGGCAAAUGGCCCUUGAAGUGGUAUGCCCCUGAGUGCAUCCUCUAUCACAAGUUCUCCAGCAAGAGUGACGUGUGGAGCUAUGGUGUGACCAUGUGGGAGGCCUUCAGCUACGGGCAGAAACCCUACAAGAAAAUGAAAGGGCCAGAGGUCAUCAGCUUCAUCGAGCAGGGGAAGCGCAUGGAGUGUCCCACAGACUGCCCAGCAGAGAUCUAUGCCCUCAUGCAGCAGUGCUGGACCUACAGGUGGGAGGAACGUCCAGGAUUCGUUGCUGUGGAGAACAUGAUCCGCUCCUACUACUACAGCAUUGCUACCAAGACAGAGAAUGGGCCAGAGACAGAGGACAAGUCAAAAGCAGCUCUGCCUUGAGUUUCCUUCUGUGCUCCUCAACACACACCCCUCCUGCAUGGGACCUGGAAAGGCUCUUUGUGCAUGUUUGCUUUGGUCUCUCGAAGGCUGGUUUUCUUUCUCAAGUAUUUGGACACCUGAGAGCCUGGGAGAUGGCACUGUCACCUGGGAGAUGGCACUGUCACAGCAGCCUCAGCUGGGCCUCGUGCUGCCAGAGAGCCAGCCAUGGCUCACACCUCACACCUCAGCACAGCACAGCCUUACAGUUCCUUCUUAGUCACUUCCCAAACCAUCCCAGGACCUCAGGGCUCAUGCCUACCAGGCAUGACUGAGUUGGCUGAUGAACUGAGUUGGCUCCAGAUGGAUUUUUCCAGAUCCCUUUAAAAACCUCGUUUCUUUCACAGGAACCCACUGAGUGUGUGUGGGGAGGUUUGUGUGGGGUGGGACACAGGGAGCUGCCACGUCCCCUUCCCCUUGGGCAAGAAGCAGCUGAUGUGCUGCUCACUCCUGGGAGAGACA